UCAAUGUGACUGUCAGCGCUGUUUGUCUUCACUGUGAAACCCUUUGGCGGCGCAUCUGAUGGCGAUUCACGCGUGGACUCAACGAAACACGGCGCUAUUCGGACCGUUUGGGUGUUUCAGUGAUAAACACCGCAUGUGAUCUUCACGAUGAAGGUCUGUCAGCUUUCACAUCUGCUUUAAAAUGACCUCUGUGAAGUGAAGGAGAACCGGAGAAAAGUUCAUCUGACGAACUUCAAGCGCAUUAGCCAGCGGCGCUAGCUCACUUUAAACGACACUUUUUUUUAACAUCCAAACGCUGUUUAAUUCAUUCAUAAUUAAAAUGUAACGAUAUGUAAAUAGUAUUUAUAGUCACUUUUACGAUGACUACGUUUUAAGUUUAGCUGUUGUUCGUGUUUAGUGCGGUGUUAGCUUGAGAGUUGCUAACUUAGCUGUUUCUGUCAACUACCUCUUUAGUCAGGGCAUGCUGGUUUCAUGAAUAUUUUACGUUGAUUUAUACACAAAACAGAAACAUUAUUGCGAUUUAUUGCUGUUUAUGUCAUGUGAAAAGAUUGUUCAGAACGUUUUUUUCCUCAAAGUUUCCUCACUUUGUUCGUUUUUCUGAGGAAAUGCAAAUAUACACAAAUGCUAUUUGUUAACAUACAGGAAGAUUAUACAUCGAAAUAAAAUAUAAAUGCUUAAGUUUUAACUCAUGUUAAAGUCAACUUUUGUGUCAGAGCAAACUGUCGCGAUCUUUUGUGUGACGUCAUAGGGGGACGCAGUCUCCAUCGCUCUCCAUGCCCUUAAACAUUUAUUAUAUAUUUUAUCCUACGUGUUGAUAACAUUUGAAACUGUUUAAAGUUAGUUUACACACAUAGCUGUUCAACAAGGUUACUAGCAUUACAUUUCUUUUCAUUUUGAAUGAUUUAGUACCAAUAAGCUAAAAAAUAAACAUGUCUGUGUAUUCAAAACUGCCCUCGCAGCUGCAGAAGCCUAUUGCAAGAAAGGCCUUACUCCUCCUGGUUGCUCUGUAUGGGGCCAAAAAACUUUCCCCUUAUAUAUAUGGCAGACUAAAAGGAAAGACUAGUAAACAACAAAAAGCCUCUGACCCGGUUACCCCCAACGGAGAAGCCCUCGAAGUUGCGGAGGCGAGGAAAAAGAAAAGAGGUCCAGCUGUGAACCGGGAAUUCUUGGAGAGGUUAAGUCAUCUCUUGCGAAUACUCUUUCCCCGUUUUUUCUGCAAAGAACUCGUCCUGCUCGGUUUCCACUCUAUCGCCCUCAUCUCGCGCACUUUUCUGUCCAUUUACGUGGCAAACCUAGAUGGCCACAUCGUGAAAACCAUUGUGAAGAAAGACCCGAGGGCGUUUGUGGUGGAGUUAGCCAAAUGGCUGCUCAUCGCCAUUCCCGCAACUUUCGUUAACAGUGCCAUACGAUAUUUGGAGGGUCAGCUUAGUCUGGCCUUUCGCACCAGGCUGGUCACCCAUGCCUACAUGCUGUAUUUCAGCGAUCAGACAUACUACCGUGUCAGCAACAUGGACGGCAGGCUGGCAAACCCUGACCAGUCCUUGACGGAAGAUAUGGUCAUGUUUGCGGCUUCUGUGGCCCAUCUGUACUCGAACCUUACCAAGCCCAUUCUCGAUGUGGUGGUGACUUGUUACACGCUUCUGAAAACCGCCGAAUCGAAAGGUGCCAACACUACAUGGCCCUCAAUGAUAGCUGGGAUCGUGGUGGCGCUCACUGCCAAGGUCCUGCGAGCUUUCUCGCCUCGCUUUGGUAAACUGGUGGCUGAGGAAGCGAGGAGAAAAGGAGACCUGAGAUACAUGCAUUCACGCAUUAUCGCCAAUUCGGAGGAGAUCGCCUUCUAUGGUGGUCAUAAGAUCGAGAUGUUGCAGCUGCAGAGGAGCUACACGGCGCUGUCCGAGCAGAUUAACCUGAUACUGUUUAAGAGGUUGUGGUACGUCAUGUUGGAGCAGUUCCUCAUGAAGUAUCUCUGGAGUGCUUCGGGUUUGGUUAUGGUCGCUGUGCCCAUCAUCACUGCUAUUGGAUACUCUAAAUAUGAUUCAGAGGAUGUGAAGCAGGCAGCAUUGGUGAUGAAGGAGGAGGAUUUGGUAAGCGACCGCACGCAGGCCUUCACCACAGCCCGAAACCUUCUGAACGCUGCAGCUGAUGCUGUAGAGAGGAUCAUGAGCUCGUACAAGGAGGUCACAGAACUUGCUGGAUAUACGGCCCGUGUGCAUGAGAUGUUUGCCGUGUUUGAGGAUGUGCGUGUCGGGGUGUACCGGCGCUCGGCUGCAGAGAUAAAACCAGAGACGAGCGGAGCCCAAGAAGUAAAACACGGCGUGAGAGUUGAGGGAGCGCUGCAGAUCAGAGGUCAAGUGAUUGAUGUGGAGCAGGGCAUCAAAUGUGAAAACCUGCCCAUAAUAACCCCAACAGGAGAUGUGGUGGUAUCCUGCCUGAACAUACAGGUUGAAGAAGGAAUGCAUUUGCUGAUCACAGGACCCAAUGGUUGCGGUAAAAGCUCUCUGUUCAGAAUCCUGAGCGGACUGUGGCCGGUUUACAGCGGCGUUCUCUACAAGCCUUCACCUGAGCACAUGUUUUAUAUACCUCAAAGGCCUUACAUGUCGGUGGGAAGCCUGCGAGAUCAGGUCAUUUAUCCUCAUUCUGUUGAAGAGAUGAAUGAGAAAAACAUCACAGACAAACAUCUGGAGGACAUCCUUAAAACUGUGAACCUUUGCUACAUCCUGGAAAGAGAAGGAGGGUGGGAUGCAGUCAACGACUGGAAGGAUGUGUUGUCUGGAGGAGAGAAGCAGAGGAUGGGCAUGGCCAGGAUGUUUUACCACAAACCCAAAUACGCUCUCCUGGACGAGUGCACGAGCGCUGUGAGUAUUGAUGUGGAAGGGAAAAUCUUUGAAGCUGCAAAGGAUGCUGGGAUUGCGCUACUGUCUAUUACACACCGCCCUUCUCUCUGGAAGUACCACUCCCACCUGCUGCAGUUUGACGGCGAGGGCGGCUGGCGCUUCGAGAAACUGGACGCCUCCACGCGUAUCUCCCUGCAAGACGAGAAGCUCCGGCUGGAGACGCAGCUCUCGGGAAUUCCCAAGAUGCAGCAGCGCCUGGUGGAGCUGUGCCGCAUUCUGGGGGAGGACAGCAGCCUGCCGAGCACGGAGGAGGUGGAGGAGAGAGAGCAGGAGGAGGAGGAGGAGGGAGAGGGGAUGUCUGCUGCUGGAAAAGGCAAAGGCCUUAUGGAGUGAUUAACAGGCAGAUGUAUUCAAGGCCAGGUGUGUGCGUGUGUGUGUGGUUUUGUGUGUCUGCCAGCACAUGCCUGUGGACGCAUAGAUGGAGUCGAUUAUGUUUCUCAAAUAGGCUUCGGGAAUCAAGGUCUGGUUUCUUUUAUUAAAAGCAAACAAAAAACAAUCAAGCAGAACACUGUAGUAAAAUAUUUAUAACGCACAUCGGAGACGUUGUGAUGAUGAUCUGCGUGCAUCUUUCGUCUCUCUUUUUCCUUUUUGUUUAAAGUAACGCACAUUCUCGUGGUAGAAGCUAUAUGAUGCUGUUUUUGCUGAAGUCAGUGUUGGGUGUAACUAGUUACUAAGUAAUUAGUUACUGUAAUUUAAUUACUUUUUUCCUUGAAAAAGUAAAGUAAGGGAUGACUUUUACAGUAAUUUAAUUACAGUAACUACUGAUGUAGUAAACUGUAAAACAAUGAAUACAUUAUAAUACAAUAGUGGAUUUAGCAUCAAUGUUAAAAUGCAUGUUUUUUAUGUAUCUUUAUCACUUUAAAGGGGACAUAUUAUGGAAAUCUGACUUUUCCAUGUUUAAGUGCUAUAAUUGGGUCCCCAGUGCUCUAUUAACCUAGAAAAAAGAUCAACCCAGUAACUUAGUAUUGGUAAACCAUUUUCUGCGAGUAUGUGAAAAAAUAGCUCACAAGGGGAUCUUAUUAUUAUAAUACCGCCCCUUAAUCUGCACUAUCCAACCAAUGCUAUUUAAUGUAGAGACAAAUAAUUGACAGCACAAUUGAAUUUCAACAAACCACCAUCAUCGCAUCAGUGUUUGCUUUUUAUCAGCUCAUUUGCAUUUUAAAGGGGGGGUUCAAUGGUAUUUCAAGCAUUCUGACUUAUUAACACAGUUAUAGAGUUGUUUCCUCAUGCUAAACGUAGGCAAAGUGUCAAAAAAGCAGUUGGACAUAUUACAGAGUAUUUCUGUGCCGAAUGCACUUCGCCAGGGUUCGUACAAGUUUCGGAAAGUUUUUUUCGAUUACAGGUCCAACUGACGUCCAAUUUCACUUCUUUAUAUGGGUACUUCACCCGGAAAACCCCGCCCACCCAUCAAUCAGCGGGAGACGCUAGAACUUACAAACAUUCACAUCAUGCGACAACUUUGUUUAAUUUCAAAACUUAACAAUGGCAUGAAUGAAGAAGUGUGUUUUUGGAUGUAAGGAGAAGAAAUCCAGCCUUAUGAAAACAAAGGAUAUAGUUUAUUAUCUGGGGUAGCAGCGGAGUUUUGCGUGUGUGUUUGAUGCGGUGGAUUUUCCCAACCGGGUCAUGACGAGUUGUACGCGGUAAGACUUAUGUCUUAUGUUGGAAAUAAUCGCGUGCAUAUAAUAUAAAUGACACGAACAUGUAAUGAAUCAUAAGUUAAACAGUGUUGUAUAGUGUUGCAUGACUCGUACUCGCUCCACCCGCGGUAUAACUCCUCCUUCUUCAUUUUUUCGUACGUUAUCGAAAAGAUUCGGUAAAGCUAAUCUUUCUUUUAUACAUCGGAGUAAACUAAAGCCUCUUCGGCGAUAUAAAGGAUGUCAUACUACUCUAUAGGUACUCCAGAUUAACAUAAGAAAUGCAGAAACAGCGUGUGUUACGUGAGCUUUAAACCCAAAAAUUGCACAUUUUUGCUCAUACCUACAAAGUGGCAAUGUUAACAUGCUGUAAUAAAUUAUCUAUUAUCUGAUAUUUUGAGCUAAAACUUCACAUAUUUACUUUGGGGACACCAAAGAUUUAUUUUACAUCUUAAAGUCUUAUAAUAUGACCCCUUUAAAUACUUUGGUGAGUUUUACACAGACAAUAAAACCCAGUCUCACAGAGUUGCGUAUAAGUAGCACGAAGUGUAAAAAUCGUGCAGUACAUACGCCAAAUUCCACUUUGGCGUGCAUAUGAUAUGCCAAUCCUUCCCGUUUACUCAAAACGGCACAUCUUUUUUUGUCGUUUUAUUUAUUGGUUUCUCAAUUUUUUGCUAUUUUUUAUUAUUUAUAAAGACUUUUUGUUAUAGAAAACUGACCCAAACCCCAAUCCUUACCCCAACUCCAAACAUGAAGAAACCUGUAUAUUAAAUGACCUCCUUAAGCAAAUCUGAAAUCUAACCCUAAACUCCAGCGAAAAUGGUUUAAAAAACAGAAAAAAUUUGAGAAAGCAAUAAAUAAAACGACAAAAAAAGAUGCACCGUUUAAGUGAAUGUGAAGGACUGGCGUAUCAUAUGCACGCCAAAGUGGAACUUGGCGUAUUUAUUAGGGCUGGGCAAAAAAAUCCAUUUUUCGAUUAAUCAUUUUUUUCUGUGGUUGAUUCAAAAUCGAUUCUCAGAGGCCAGGAAUCUUUUUUUAUUUCCGCAAACAUUGACCGGAAGAUUAACGUCUAUCUAAUUCUAAAUCUAAUUACUAGUCUUCUCCACUAGAUGUCACCCUUUUUUUGCCUUGCGCGAUGUUACCAAGGAGCGAGAGGCGAGCCUGUCAUUUAUUUAUUCAUUCAUUCAUUCAGUCUAUAUUCUAAUAUAUUAUAAUAUAAUAUUCUAUAUAAUCUAUAUUCAUUCAAUUGAAUCGAGAAUCGGGUAUAAAAAUCGAGUUGAGGAUCCAAAUCAAAUCGAUUUGAUAGCUUGUGAAUCGAAAUCGAAUCGAUCUGGAACAUCUGAAUCGAUACCUAGCCCUAGUAUGCAUUGCACAAUUUUUCCACUUCGUGCUAUUUAUCCGCAUCUACACGAGACUGGGUAGGACAUUACAGAAAAUGCACCCGGGUUUUAUUUUUGGUUCAUUCACACUGCCAAUGACUAUCCGGAAUCUGUACUUGUGUUCACACACAUAUCGUAAAGAUCCCAUAAAAAUAUGUCACGUAUUUAAAGUCCUGCACUUGGUAGGUUUUUUAUCCACAGUUUGCAUAUAACGGGUAUUUCUAUGGCCAGAAACAUUUUUCACGUGCAUUUUUGUUUAUGAUAAGAUUCUAGAGGAGCGUGUGAUUCUAGUAUGCUAGUGGAUAUUUGUCGAGCUCCAUGAUCUCUGCUUCAUUCCAGUUUGCAGACAUUUCUCAUCGUGAUUGUUAAUUUGCAUUUAAAACCCCCCUUUUAAAGAGCUGAACGAUAUAUCUUGUUGCAAUGAUGCAUGGGAAUUUUUGUUUAUUAUAAGCUCAUAUGAGCGCAUGACGCGAUGUUUUUUUAUGCUGUUGAAUGACUACGGAACGCCCUUUACGGCAUUGUUUCUGUUUCUGUUUCUUGUUCACACAGAGGCUUUUUGGGAACAUAGACUGUAAAAAAAGAUGGACGACGCGACUUCGCCUCCCUCUAUUGUAAUGAAUUGAAGCCAAAAAUGUCCAACCAUGGUCGCCGCCAUGUUACGUAAAAACAUCAGCUUGGAUGCAAAAUUACUAGCUAAGAUAAAACGCAUCACAAAAAAGAACACUUGAACAUAUAUCAGCGUGAUAUCAACUACCUGAAAGGACCAAAACCAUCUUUCGGAAACUUUUAUUGGAAGUGUAAAUAAUUUUUUUUUUUUAGAGCAGAGUCUCAUUCGUUUGAAUGAAGAGGGCGGGGUUUAUGACUUGUACUGCAGCCAGCCACCAGGGGGCAAUCAAAGAGCCAGCGGCUUCACUUUUCAAGACUUAUGAGGCACACACGUUAGGUCCUCUUUUCGGGAGCGAUCCCAAAACAUUUACAGGACGUGUUUGCAUUCACACACAAGUUUGUCUGGCAAUUUUACGGUUAUUUUCUGGGACCAAAAGGCUGUGUGAAUGAGGUAUAAUGAUAACAUUCGAGUGCAGUUUCCAAUUCUCACUAUUAACUAGUUGUUAUUAGCAUUAAUAUUACUGAGAUAUUGGCUGUUUAUUCAUUCUUAAAAAGCACAUAUUAAUGCCUGAUUCUGUAAAACCUUAUUCUACAUCCUUAUUUCUACCCAAUCCCUUAACUUAACAACUACUUUACUAAGUAGUAAUUAAGAGUAAAUUGAGGCAAAAAUAGUUAAUAAUGAGAAUUGGACCUUAAGAAGUGUGAACAGAAUAAUUUAUGUACUUUCAUAAGAUUUAUUCAAGCCGUUUCAAAUCUAUCUUUGUAUCAUUUACUAAUUAGUAAUAAGUUAUUAAAUACUUUUUGGAUAGAGUAAUUUGUACAGUAAUCUAAUUGCACGAUUGAAGAUGUAAUUAGUAACUAUUAAUUAAUUACUUUUUUGAGUAACUUACCCCAACACUGUGCAGAAGCAUAUUCAAAUACAAGAUAAAGGUUAGAAAAAAAUAACAAAGUAACUGGUUACAAUAAUAGUAAGCACCAAAAAUGAUAUUAUUAAUUUCUUCUUAUUUUGAUUUCUAUAAAUCUAAAAUUAUUUCAUAAUUUGACUGCAGGCUUUUGUGGAACUGUUCUCUAAAUGUUCCUUUGAAGAGUUUGGUUCCAAAACCAGAUAAUUAAUCAGAUUACCAGAUUUAAUUAAUUUUGUCAAAACAUGUUUAUUAUUUUGUUAUGUUUUAUUGUGCCACUUAACUGUAUUUUUUAGUUAUGAAGGCUUAAAUCAAUUGCAGUUUGAUUGAUAUUAAUUGGAAAACAAGAUUUUUGAAAAAUUAAAUUGUCUAGUUUAGGAACCAAACUCUUAAUUUCUUCUGCAUCAUAGUUACUACGUGAAACCAAACAGUUAGGUGGUAUCAGAACCGGAAUUUAGUUGAAUCCCGUAUGAUUCCCAUCACUUAGUUUCUAGACAUAAAACGCACAACAGGGAAGUUCGAGCUUUUGUUAGCUGUACAAAGACAAUGCAUUAAGUGGGCGCGUGUGUGUGUUUGUUUACUGUAUAUGUGCGUGUGUAUGUGUUUUAAAGGGAGGGUGAGGGAUACGAGACAGCUGCCAGCACGAGCAGGUGCGACUGUUGAUGAAAGCACCUAUGAAAGCCGUUCCUUUGGCUUGUUAUCGCUGUUCUCUGAAGGAUUCUCUGGAAAUCUGUGGGACCUGUGCGUCAGUGUUUGUCUUUAGGGAAAAAGUGCGAGUGAAGUUUGAAGCUCUUAAUCUUCUGUGUCUACUGUGUACUUACGCAUCGAUAGUAGAUGCUGUAGUUGAAAUCUGUGCCAUGUUUUACUGCAAAAAAAUUCUUCGGAAUAUAUGAUGAUAUAACCGUAAUUGUUUCAAUUAUAGAUAUGAACUAUUAUUGCAUGUAUAUUGCCGUUUCAUCCUAUAGAAAGCUCUGUCUAAAAGAUUUGUUUUGUGGGUGUUGAAAGAACCGUGUCUGUUUAAAUCAGAUUUCCAAAAGCACAACUGCCAGCUGGAUUGCCGAAUUGGGUUUUUAAAAACCUUUUUGACAUCUUUAAUGGAUGUCUAUAUUAGUUUGUUGAAUUUAUCUUAGUUUUGAGGCGCACAAUAAUGUUCACAAGCACUUACAUGUGAAUCAGGAAAUGAUGCAUGCAAAAAAAAUAUUUUUGAAAUUAUUUGUGUUAACAAUUCUAAACAAUCAGUGCAUAGCACCUUACAAGCAAAUAAAAAUGUAAUUUUCUAUCUUUUAUUUUCUUAAGAUAGACGUCAAAUCUCUAAUUUUGACUUUUAGAGGAAAUUGUUUUUCUUAAAAAAGUUAAAUGUUUUAUUUUGUAGAAAAAGUCUGAUAUGAGUGACUGAUUUUGAAAUGAUAACCAAGGGCUUAUACAGUGGUGAUGUCAUCGUUACAUCACUUUCCUUUAGCCCAAAGUGAUGCCAUCUGAAAUAUUGUUUUUCUGUAUUUUAAGGUGAUGACCACUAUAGUAAAUCUAAACAUGAAUGAGACUCAUCCUGCACUUUCUUUAAAGUGUCCUUAGCAUUUCACACUUUUUCAUAACAUUUCAAAAAGUAGGCUAUGACUUAAAAAAGUCAGUCACUUGAAAGAUGUUUGAUGAUUGUAAAUCUAUGCUGUAAGAAUGACCUUAAAAAUGAAAAUAUCCCAGUUCAUAAUUUGUAUGACAUUGAAUUUUGUUGUUUCUGUGUCUUUAAAUUAAUGUGACAUUUGCACGGAACGUUUAAAACCUGAAUCUUUACAUUGCAAUAGUUAGUUAUUUCCAACUAAUAUCUUACCUUUCCUAACAUAAAUGUUUUUGAUUUCUUUAGGUUUGAUACAAAUUAAAAAUUGCAAUGUAAUUGAUUUCCAUUAUUAUUGUACCCUUUGCACAUUUGCCAGAAUUAUAAAAAAAUGCAAUUUAAUAAAACAUUUCCAAAACUC